AUGUCGAUCGAUAAACUUGAGCCUUCUGCGGCAGCACCUCUCUCUGAGGACAAUGUCCUUUGGAGGCAUCCAGAUCCCAAGUCCACUCAUAUGUGGAAGUUUCUCGAGCAUGUCAACAAGAAGCAUGGUCUAAAUCUUGACGGUUACCCUGCGCUUUACAAGUGGUCUAUCGACGAUGUUGCUUCAUUUUGGGAGGAAGUUUGGCAAUUCACUGGUGUCACAGCGUCAAAGCAUUUUGAUGAGGUCCUUCCUCAAAAUGCUUCUAUGUAUCCUCGGCCUGACUUCUUCUCUGGUUCGCUCCUCAACUUUGCCGAGAAUCUACUCUUUCCCGCAACUUCUCCACAUCCCGAGCCUUCGGCUCCGGCUGUAAUAACCGUCACCGAGUUGCCCAACUCCACAGUGACUACUUCGUGGGCCGAGCUACGUGAGGCCGUUCGCCGAUGCUCUAAUGCCUUGCGCGCAGCCGGCCUCAAGCCCAAUGAUGUUGUAGCAGGUUUUGUGUCAAAUCAUGUUGAGGCACUUGUUGUCAUGCUUGGUGCUGCUGCAAUUGGUGCUAUCUGGACCGGUAUCAGCCCUGAUAAUGGUGUCUCAGCUGUGCUGGACCGUCUGAACCAGAUUGCACCCAAGGUGCUGUUUGCCGAUAACGGCACUGUCUACAAUGGAAAGGAGUGGUCAAGUGUGUCAAAAACAACAGAGAUUGUGGCCGAGCUCAAGAAUAAGGGGCUUGAAAGGGUCGUUGUGAUCAACAACAUCAGUUCUGGAGGUCUCGGUCUUGAAGAGCUUGAGAAACAUGGUGUGAUAGCUGUCGAUUACACCAAAAUGCUCGAAUCUGCUCCAGAUGGGUCUUUGGAGUUUGAGCAACUUCCUCCAGCUCAUCCCCUCUACGUCCUUUACUCCAGUGGAACUACUGGUCUUCCCAAGGCCAUUGUCCAUACCGCACUGGGCACGCUGCUUCAGCACAAGAAGGAGCAUCUUCUUCACUGUUCACUUGACUCGACAUCUCGAAUGCUCUACUACACGACUACUUCAUGGAUGAUGUGGCACUGGAGCAUAACGGCUCUCGCUGUGGGAAGCACUGUUGUAGUGUACUCCGGUUCUCCUUUCCGACCUAAUGGCCACCUCUCGCUUCCACGUCUCCUUGCUGACCUUGAGGUCACUCACUUUGGUACUUCGGCCGCUUACUUGACUGCUUUGGAAGCCAAUAGAGUCUACCCUGUCCGUGAUAGUUCAAUCGAUCUCUCCAAGUUGCAAGCUAUCUACUCAACAGCCUCCCCUCUACCUCCAUCAACAUUCAAGUUCGUUUACGAAGCUUUCCCUAAACACAUCAACCUUGGCUCUAUCACCGGCGGUACAGAUAUCAUCUCGCUGUUUGGUGCCCCUUGUCCUCUCUUGCCUGUGCGCGUUGGUGAGAUCCAAUGUGCUGGUCUCGGUAUGGCCAUCCGUGCUGUUGACUCAAUCACAGGAGAACCAAUCAAGGCCGAUGAGCCUGGUGACCUUGUUUGUGUCAAGCCAUUCUUGUGUCAACCACUCACAUUCUUCGGUCCUAAUGGAGAGGCGAAGUACCAGUCAGCUUAUUUUGAGCGUUUCGAAAACAUCUGCGGCGUCAAGGGUGCCGUGUGGCAUCACGGUGACUUCGUCAAGAUUCCCGACCCCUCAACUGGCAGUCUUGUUAUGCUUGGUCGAUCAGAUGGUGUAUUAAAACCAUCUGGUGUGCGUUUCGGAUCAGCCGAGAUCUACAACAUCCUCACGCGUUUCUUUGCGUCGGAGGUUGAAGAUGCUGUUUGUGUCGGGCGUCGACGAGAGACAGAUUCAGAUGAGACUGUAUGUCUAUUCGUCGUGAUGGUGCCCGGAAAGGAAUUCAACGAUGAUCUCCGUCUACGAAUCAAGUCAAAGAUCAAGGCCGAGUUGAGUCCUCGACAUGUUCCCGGUGUGGUCGAGGAGUGCGGAGCAGGUGUGCCCAAGACAAGUAACGGAAAGAAGAUCGAAGUUGCUGUAAAACAGAUCCUUUCUGGCAUGGAUGUCAAGACCAAUGCCAGUGUUGCUAACCCUGAAGCACUGGAUUGGUUCAAGAGUUGGGCAGAGACUCACUAA